GCCAGAAACGUCCCGUGGUUGAGGCAAACCCCAAGAGGCAUUGAUGGACGCUAGUUUACACCACUAAAUCCAGGGUUCUUUAGCCUAAGAGCACCUCAAGUAGCAGCGCGCAGGCUCGAUGUGCCUGCACACAGACGACGUGUCAAUUGAAGGCCUCACCUUCACCCCUCCUUCCUUCUUUGCCAUUGACUGCUUGAGCACGGCAAACACGGCAAAUAUGAAGCUUAGCUAAUGCUAGAUCUCUGAGCGUUCGUCCGUAAUGCCACGACGCAUCACCACCUCUAGCUCGCCGUGAGCUUCAAGACGACAGUCACGAAUGCCACGUCCAAUAAAAGGAUGGCUCUUACUGCCACUUGGCAGGCGCCCCCGCCGGUUCCAGCCCUCUCUGCUUCCACAGCUACCAUCGACCACCGAACGACCGAGUGAGCACUCUCAGAAAAACGAAGAUGACAGUCAUGACAAGCAAGAACGAAGCAAGUUCGCUCGUAGCGUUCUGGAAGGCAGCACAGUAGCUCUUAUUUCGCUACUGGGCCUGGGUCUCGGGGGCUAUGCAUAUAGCAUUCUCUACAAAAGAACUGUCAGGAGCAAGAUCGAGAAUGCCUUCUCGGCAGGCUACAGCUCGCAAGAGCGCGUCGCAUUGGGCCGCAUCGCCUAUGGCACCGAGCCAGAAAAGAUACAGGAGAUCGUAGAGAAAGAAUUCUGGGUGCCAAGAGACGAGCAGGAGCAAGUCAAUGACAUUGUGAGCGGCAAGACCCGCGGCAAAUACUAUCUCAUUAUCGGCGAGAGGGGCACGGGAAAGCGUGCCCUACUACUGGAAGCCAUGCGCAAGGUCAACGGAGAUGGUAUAGCUAUGUUAGAAGCACACAGCGAGUUGGAGGUCUUCCGGACACGACUCGGCAAAGCGAUCGACUACGAGUUCCACGAGGACUACAUUGGAGGCUUGUUUAGCAUCAGAGGACCACGAGACAGCACCCCUCUGCUUGACAUCGAGCGAGCCCUGAACCAGCUGGAGAAGGUCGCUUUGUCGAUGAGGAAGCGGCGUGGCAAGCCUCUUCUAAUAGUGAUCAACAACAUCCACCUUUGCAAAGAUGACGACCAAGGUCGCGACCUGAUGGAGAUACUGCAGCAGCGAGCAGAGAUUUGGUCAAGCAACGAGCUGGUCACAGUCGUCUUCACAUCGGACGAGCAUUGGACGUUGGAGCGGCUGAUACCGCACGCCACCAACAUGCAUGUCAUAAACAUUCGUGACAUCCGGAAAGAUGUGGUAACGGACGCUCUGAGAAAGUACCGCGCCAAAUAUCACAACGAGCACGUACCACAGAGCAUUCUGGACGAAGUUUUCGCCAAAGUUGGCGGUCGGCUUAUCUUCCUGAACCAGGUGGCUAAGUCAAACCACAUGCUUCAGAUCUGCGCGAAUAUCAACAGGCGUGAGAAGUCGUGGUUCCUUAAUCAGUGCUGGAUCCUCGGCGACUCGAUGGACGACGACGUCGAAGAGCAGCAGAAGUUCUGCGCCGCAGCUAUCGUUCUAGCUCGAGCACUCGUCAUUCGCGAAAAGGAAAACGCAGAUCCAAACGGCGUGCUCCCUGAGAUUCCUCUUCACGAAGCCCGCCAGAUCAUCACACGCGCCGACUUUGUGAAGCCCUUCGACCACAUCAAUGUCAUCCACAUUGAUGCGUGGGGCAUGGUGCGCGCAGACUCGGUGCCCAUGCAGAACGCUUUCCGCGAGAUUUGCAACGAGGAGGGCUUUGAAGAGCACCUGAAGGCCACGUUGAACAGGCUGGACGAACUGGAGAGUUUGGCGAGAACAAGGGAGGUGAGCUGGAGAGCGGCACCGGACAGGAGUGGUGGCAUUGUGCCAGUGCAGACGUAUUGCGCAAAGAUCUCAGACCCACGAGCUGGAGGUCACGAAUCAGUGGUAUCAAGCACGCCAGUACAUUAGUGCGCCACAUCAAUCCAAUAGCUAGGAACACUACAGCAUCGUCCGUGCAAUCGGUUCCGGCCUUCGUUGAUAUUACUGUCUCCUCUUCACUGUUUCUGCUGUGCUUUUUUCUCUUAUUGGGUGUC